AUGGGGAUCAAGGUGGGCGACACGGUGCUCGUAUACUACGACCUGCUCAUCUUUGACGCCGAAGUGCUUAAGAUUGAGACAACAGGCGACGUUAGCAAGUACUUUGUGCACUUUACGGGCUGGUCCGAUGGUUGGGAUGAGUGGAUAACCCAGGAGAACGUGCUGGAGGACACGCCGCAUAACCGCGAGCGCCAGAAGAAGGCCAAGGACGCGCUGCUGGUGCAAAAUGCCGCGCACCCGAUGCAAAAGGACACAGCGACUAAUAACAGACCAACCACGCUGCCUGGAUCGGAGCGACUCGUGUCUAUGAUUGGCUGGAUGAAGGCGCUGGACGAUUCACUCACACAGCUCGACAAGCAGGUGAAGGAUCUCGUUCGCGAGAAGAUUAGUCAGGAGGUUGGGGCUGUUGAGCUGAGGAAGAGGAAAGCGGAAGCUGACGUGCACAAGGCCGAGCUGGAGGUGGAAGUUGCUAGGGAUCUCAAGAGAGUUAAGGUGGCUGAGGAGACCGCCAUGGCACGCAAGAGACUCAAAGACGCAGGUAUCUCGCAGGAAGAGAUCGAUGCAAUUCUACCCGCCGCUGCUAGAUAG